UGGUGCCUGUAUGUGAAUGCAAGUUUUCAACUUCAUCUGUGCCUAUCUCUUGAUUCCCGCGAUCAGUCAAGUUCAACUCUUCUGAAAUUUACUCUAUGGUACUCAGUCCAUCUUCCCUCAAAUUUUUGUGGCGAUUGAUGCUGUAGUGGGCGCGUUCUUGUGCUUGGUCGCUUUGGCGGGUGCACAGCAGGGUGGUUGCGCCGCGUAGAUACGAGUCUCACAUUUUUUUAGGGGAGGGGCUGCGUGUUGCGCCGACAAGUUUGAAGCCUACAGUGGACGGAAUUUGCCAAAUCUUGGUUCCCUAGAUAGCUACUGGCAUAGUCUACUGCUGUAAGCCUUUAGCCUUCGGUGGAUGUACGCCAGUCGCGCUGCUAAUCUGUGUAAAACGAUUUUUUUUGUUCCUCCGCUUACUUUUUUUUUUUUCUGUCGUGCAGCACUGGAGAAAUUCAAAAAAAAAAAUGAGGGGGACGGCAGAUUUUGCACCGAGAUAUGCCCAUUUGAAGGAGCGGAAGGAUGCCGUCAUUAAGGUGUUGUACAAGAAGGGUGACCGGACGAACUGCAACAACUUCAGGGGCAUCUCGCUGCUCUCGCAUGUAGGCAAAAUACUCGCCAAGACCAUCACCAACCGCCUGAGCGCAUUCUGCGAAGCCAACGAAAUCCUCCCGGAGGAACAGUGCGGGUUCCGGCCUGGCCGAUCCACGGUAUGCAUGCUGUUCGUUGUGCGCCGACUCCAGGAGCUGGGGCGGAGGAGGAGAAUCCCGCUCUACAUGUGCUUCAUCGAUCUGCAGAAGGCAUAUGACUCGGUGGACCGGGAGCUACUGUGGAAGGUGCUGGCCCGGGCCGGGAUCCCCGGGGAGAUGAUCGCCGUCAUCCGCAAGUUCCACGUCGGAAUGCGGGCCCGGGUCCGCACGGACGAUGGGGAGCUAUCGGACUGGUUCCCGGUC